AUGGUAAAACUCAGGCAUUCUCGCGCAGCACUUCGAAAGCCAUCACUCUCAACGUUACGGACAUUGAUCUUCAUCUUGUUUGUGAUCUUCACAAUCGUCAUUCUCAUUCUCUUAACUCUCCGUAUCCCUAAAUUCAACCACCUCAACUCCAUCUCUCCUAGUAACACUCUCAGAACCGAAGAUGAUAGCAAUAAGAGUUGGGUUGAAAUCAUAUCAUGGGAACCCAGAGCCUUUUUCUAUCAUCAUUUUCUGACAAAAGAUGAAUGUGAACAUCUAAUCAACAUAGCCAAGCCUAAUAUGCGUAAGUCACUUGUAGUUGAAUCUGAUAAUAAUGGAACGGCACAUAAUGUCUUAAGCCGUGUACGGACAAGCACCGGAACUUUUCUCAAAAGAGGACAAGAUCAAAUUGUGAGGAAUAUUGAGAAAAGAAUAGCUGAUUUUACCUUCAUACCUGUAGAGCAUGGUGAAGAGCUUCAAAUUCUCCAUUAUGAAGUUGGACAAGAGUAUGUACCUCAUCAUGACUACUUUACAGACGAGUAUAAUCUUUGGAAUGGUGGUAACCGUAUAGCAACAAUGCUGAUGUACCUUUCAGAUGCUGAAGAAGGGGGUGAGACAGUGUUCCCAAAUGCCAAGGCAAAUUUUAGCUCAGUUCCUUGGUGGAAUGAACUUUCUGAUUGUGGAAAAAAAGGACUUUCAAUUAAGCCAAAGAUGGGUGGUGCUAUACUUUUCUGGAGCAUGAAGCCUGAUUCAUCUUUGGAUCCAUCCAGUUUGCAUGGUUCAUGUCCUGUGAUCAAGAGUGAUAAGUGGUCAGCUACCAAAUGGCUGCAUGUUGGUGAAGUCAAAACCUUUUCAUAA